AUGACGACCAGGUUCAAGAAGAACAGGAAGAAGAGAGGCCACGUCAGCGCCGGUCACGGUCGUAUCGGAAAGCACCGAAAGCAUCCCGGAGGACGCGGUAACGCUGGAGGCAUGCACCACCACCGGAUCCUGUUCGACAAGUACCAUCCAGGUUACUUCGGUAAGGUCGGUAUGCGUUACUUUCACAAGCUUCGUAACAAAUUCUAUUCCCCCAUUGUGAACAUCGACAGGCUCGCUUCUUUGAUUCCUCAAGAGGUUAAGGAUAAGGCGAUUAAGGAGAAGAAAGCGCCGGUUAUUGAUGUUACUCAGCAUGGGUACUUUAAGCUUUUGGGGAAAGGGGUUUUGCCUCAGAAUCAGCCUUUUGUGGUGAAGACGAAGCUGAUUUCCAAGAUUGCUGAGAAGAAGAUUAAGGAGGCUGGUGGCGCUGUUAUUCUUACUGCUUAG